CGGGUCCUGAGGAUGCGGUGGCGGCUGCUGUGGCUCCUCUGCGCUGCCGCCCGCUGGUGGGGCGCCGGCGGCAAGACGCUGCGGGGCGGGUUCGCCAGCGCCGCCGCACGGCGGGACCCGUGGCGGCCGGUGGCGGGGUUCCAGUUCCACGGUGACCAUGCUGUUCUGUGUGUCAGAAUCAAGAACGUAGCAGUAGCUGUGGCAAAAGCAGCUAGACUUCACCUGUUUCAAGCACAGGAAUGGCAGAAGCUGCAGAAUGGCAUCGAAGAUCAGAGCUGUACAGAGAAGUUCUCCAAAGCUCAGCUGACAAUGACUGUGAACCACACAGAGCAAAAUCUGACAGUGUCCCAGAUUCCUUAUCCGGAAACAUGGUAUGUGUUUUAUGUAGACAAGUUUACCUGCGAGGAGAAUUAUUCUGAAUCCGAGGAUAUUCAGUUUGAAAUGGUCUUACUAAACCCAGAUGCAGAAGGCAAUCCAUUAGAUCACUUUAGCGCAGGGGAAUCUGGGUUGCAUGAAUUCUUUUUCCUGCUUGUCCUAGCAUACUUCGUUACUGCUUGCAUAUAUGCACAGUCCCUAUGGCAAACACUUAAGAAGCGUGGACCUAUGCAUACUGUACUAAGGGUGUUAACAGUUGCAUUACUGUUGCAGGCUGGUUCAGCGCUUGCCAACUACCUGCAUUUCUCAAGUUAUUCUAAAGAUGGAAUAGGAGUACCUUUUAUGGGAAGUUUGUCAGAAUUGUGUGACAUAGUCUCACAGAUACAAAUGCUAUAUUUAUUGUUGAGUCUGUGUAUGGGUUGGACAAUAGGCAGAAUGAAGAAAUCUCAUGGCAGACCUCUUCAGUGGGAUUCCACUCCAACAUCUACUGGCAUUGCUGUAGUAGUUGUCGUUACACAGAGCUUUUUACUAAUCUGGGAGCAGUUUGAAGAUACGAAUCACCACAGCUACCGUCCACACCACGGCUUAGCAAGCGGUCUGCUUAUUGGCCUCAGAGUUUGCCUAGCUUUAUCACUGGCUGCUGGUCUUUACCAGAUCAUCACAGUGGAGAGAAGCACGCUGAAAAGGGAGUUCUAUAUCACCUUUGCCAAAGCCUGCAUUCUCUGGUUUUUGUGCCACCCAUGUCUUGCAACCAUUGCUAUAAUAUUCAGAGAAUAUCAAAGAGAAAAGAUUAUUACCAUGGGUGUUAUCCUCUGUCAGUGCAUCUCCAUGGUUAUCCUCUACAGACUUUUUCUAUCUCAUAGUCUAUAUUGGGAAGUAUCUUCACUGUCAUCAGUGACGUUGCCACUAACAGUAUCCUCUGGACAUAAAAAUCGACAUCACUUCUGAGAUGUUUAGGAAGAGUACCUUCUGUAAUAAAUGUGCAAUAAUGACUUAAAUAUACAUGUAUUUUUGUCACAGGUGUGUCAUACAUUGGUUUCACUGGAAAAGAGUAAUAAUGUAAGAACACUUCACAGGCCUUUGGUCUGACAAGGUCACUAGAUUGAUCUGUUAAAAGUACUGUGGAGUAGAAAAAUCUAUAAUUUGAAUAAUUUCAUAAAUAUUAUAUGCAGCAUGUGGUGUUGAGCUGUAUCACGGAGAACUACAAUGAAUCUUUUCUCUCGCGUUCACAGACACAAAAAAAAUGUCCUUGUUUUGUAUCGAUACAAGGUUUGAAGAUCUUACAAAAUGCAGUUCUUAAAACACGUACAGGCCCAAACAAGUCUGAAAUUGGCCAGUUGUGAAACUGGUGUCAUGUGUAACGAUGAGUAAAAGUUCCUUUAUUUUCAUGCUUUAGAGAAAAUGUAUUUUAUAUGUAAGUAUAAAAAAGGCAAACAAAAGGAGUCCUCUAGAAAAACAUGUAAAAUGUUCCCAACUGCCUGCGAGAAACUUUGCUUUAUUACCAGUGUAAAAGAAAAGACUAUUUUGCAACUAGUGUUCAUACUGGUUAAAAUUUUAAGGAAAAUAGGGUUUAUCUGCCUUUUUUUUUUUCCUUUUAAUAAAUGUAACUACAAAUUUAAUCCAGUAAUGAAGGUCUAAACAGUAUUUGAGGCUUAGAAGACAUAGCAACAUGAAGGUAGUUAAAACAGCAGGCUUGCAUCUUUUAAAUAAAAAAAAAGGCAAAGAAAAUGGAAUGGGUGAUGUGGCACUAGAAUUUUAAUCCUGAUAUAAUUCAUUUCUGUUACAUUGAGGAUUCAAUCAUAAUUAAGCCAUAUACACAGAUUAAAUUAACAGAAGCAUUUCAAAUAAAUGUUGGUUUCAGUCAUCAACUACCCAUGAAUUCCUGCCCAAGGAUACUUAAUCAGGAUUAAAUUUUCUAUGAAUAAUUGAAAAACAAAAUACUCACUGGAUUUGUUAUAAUCCAUGUUGGCACUGGGUUCUAAGUAGUUGCCAUCUUCCAUCCAUUGUAAUAAAGCCAUACUACUUCGUGAUGCCCUAGCAUUCAGAAAGCCAAUGUAAAUGUAUACUUUAUUGAAGUGCCUAUUUAUUAUGAUUAAAUCAUGCUGACAUUUUAUUUCCUUCAUAAUGAGAACAUACCUGUUACCAGUGUGAGUGAAAUCUUUCUUUAUGGGAUUACUUUAGUAUUUGUCAAAUGUUAGACUUCUUUUCAUACAUGUGUGUUUCUUCACAAAAUGGGUUUUAUUUUCUAGUAAAUUAAUGUUUGUUUCUUCUUAA